AUGGCUGCAGGAUCGAGCCCUUCUCCUCAGUUUGCCCUCGCUCUGAUUAUCCUGGUCCUGCAAUGGCCGGAGGGAGCCGUCUCCUUCCACUCAAUGCCCCUCUCCAGCCUCUUUGCCAACGCAGUCCUGCGAGCUCAGCAUCUGCACUUGCUCGCCGCUGACACUUUCAAGGAGUUUGAACGCUCCUACAUCCCAGAAGACCAGCGGAACUCCAACAAGAACUCCCAGUCAGCAGUCUGCUACUCUGAAACCAUCCCAGCACCCACAGGGAAGGAUGAUGCUCAGCAAAAAUCAGACAUGGAAUUGCUCAGGUUUUCACUCACCCUCAUUCAAUCAUGGCUCAGUCCAGUGCAAUUCAUAAGCAGGGUAUUCACUAACAAUCUAGUCUUUGGGACUUCUGAUAGAGUCUAUGAAAAGCUCCGAGACUUGGAAGAAGGUAUCCGGGUUCUCAUUCGGGAGUUGGGAGAUGGGAGCUCACGGGGCCAUCUCCUCAUGCUCAGCUAUGACAAGUUUGAUGCCAGCCCCCAGAAUGAAGCCUCGUUGAUGAAAAACUAUGGCCUUCUGUCCUGCUUCAAGAAGGACCUGCACAAAGUGGAGACCUACCUAAAAGUAAUGAAAUGCCGGCGUUUUGGGGAAAUUAACUGCACCUUCUAAGGGCAAACAAAAGACCACUCCCUGCCCAUGGUCUAAAUUUCACGCCAUUCUCCAAGGUCUGGUGAAGUUGGCGUGCUGCUGAGACCACCU